GGGGCCAUCCCUCCAGCGCCUUUCGGACAGCUGCACACACGCUCCCAGCAUGCACAGGGAAGACGGGCUCUGAAGACCGAGAAAUCCAAGACUGACCCAAGGAGAGCCCUACGUCAUCUGCUGCCUCCCUUCACCCCUGUGUCUCCCAGAUGCCUUCGACCCCCGAGCAGCCCUCAGGGCACCCCGACGGGCUUCCUGCAGAGGCAGCGGUGUGGACCCCGCUCCCCUGUGGUCCCUGCAUUCCCAUCAUGCUGGCGCUAGCCUCUCUCGCGGCCUUUUUCAUCGUAACUACAGCCGUGCUGGCCGAACGCGUGUUCCGCAGCUCUCUGCGCCGAGACCCCAGCCAGCGAACACCCACCCUAGUCUGGCGCCCUGGAGGAGAGUUGUGGAUUGAGCCCACAGGCACGGCCCGGGAGCGCUCUGAAGACUGGUACGGCUCCUCUAUUCCGCUGCUGCUGGACAGGGCCCCAGAUCCUCCCACCCCUGGGGGCACCUUGGAGGGCAGAGCAACUGCCCCGCCAGCCCCUUUAAUCGCACACUCUGCUCCCAGCCCCUUGGUUCCCCAGACCCCAUCAGAAGCCCAAGCCCAGAGCUCCUUCUGGAGGCCCCAGACUCGGGAGGAGAGGCCCCAUGCCACAGGCCUGGCGAGUUGUGUUGGGCCUGAGCCAAGGCUAGAGGCCCGCAUGCAGCCUGGGAGCCCCCAGCCCUGGAGGCUGCGACCAGUGAGCCCUGAGCCUGACUGGGGUCUCCAGCCUCGGGUCACCCUGGAGCAAAUCUCAGCGUUCUGGCAGCGAGAAGGCCGAACCAGUGUGGGCUUUUGAAUCCCCAGGGCUUAUAGGACAGGCGUCCCACCUCAGAGGGGAGGAUGCUAGCCCUCAGCCUGGAUGCUCCUCUAGGGCCUUUGUCCGGGAAUUUCCUUCUGCACCUGGAUGGUGUUCAUGUUCCAAGUGGGCACUUGCUGCAGGGAACUUCUGAAGUUCACCUUUGGUUUAACUGCCCAGACUGUGGCUCCUAAAAGUGGGAGGCAGGGCUGGCUCUCGGCCAGAAAAUUUCAAGAUGGCGUCCCAGGGUAAGAAUUUAUCAAGAUGCCAGUACCAGAAUGGAAAGGUCUUGUAUGAGAUGCUGACCAAGGCCUGGAGCUGGUGAUGACACAUGUCAUGUAGGCAGAAGCUUCUAGGAAUCUUGUUCCUCAGAGCCGCAGAUCCUACCUGUCCUCUGUUGCUCUCACCCACUACUGUGAAGUCCUACAGGAAAACAUGGAGGACAGUUCCAGGAAAGGAGCCUUUUACUACAUACAGACUGGCUUUGGCCUCCAAAUGAGGACAUGGAACUGGCUGAGCCCUGCUUCCUGGAGGGGCCUUUUUU